AUCGAGAGACGAAGGGGAUCAGUUUCAGUUAUGGAUGUCUCUGCACCACUUUUCCAGCCACGAGUCAGAGACUCAGAUUCUCUCCCUCCCUCUCUCUCUCUCUCUCCACGGAAGCGAAUCCGCCAUGGACGGAGCCGCGCUCGUGUCGAGCUCCGGCGUGCUCUUCCCUCCGUCGCUCCCUCCGGCCCGUCUCGCGACCGCCCUGAGCGCCGCCGCCGGCUGCCGCUUCGCUCCUCCGCCGAGGUCCUCGUUCCGGACGUGGCGGAGCGGGGCCGGGGUCGCGCCGGUGCGUAAGUCCGCGCGGAGGUGCGGCGCCGCCGUCGGCGGCGGCGGCAUAACGGAGAUAGACGAGAGCCAGUUCCCCGAGACGGUGCUGAAGAGCGAUCGUCCGGUCCUCGUGGAGUUCGUCGCCAACUGGUGCGGCCCCUGCCGUUUGAUCUCUCCCGCCAUGGAGUGGCUCGCUCAGGUGGCAAUUACAAUGGCAAAACGAAGAUGCUAAUUCAUGACAUGUAUCGUAAUGCGAUCAGUCCAAUUAGGAUUCCUCUGAUGGGUAAGUUGAUUAAAGGAGUCCCUGUGUUUUUCUUUGUUAUAUUGUAAGCUGGUCUUUGUUGGUUCGGAUUAAUACAAGGCAUGCAUACGAAGAAACACCAAUUCCUGCAAUUUCUUUGUGUCAUUCACUUGUUAGCAAGAAGCCUGUUCAGCCUAGCCUUUGAGCAUGUUUGAGAUCUAUAGAUAAUCAUCAACUUGGGUUUGUUUGAAAGUCAAUGUCAGUGUGUUAAUUACUGUCAACUUCUAAGGAAAGAUGAGCCUUUACCUGCACCAUGGUGCUCCAACAAGUAAUUUUAGAAGAAAUGGCAAUAUAUCUGAGAUCAGAUUUGUUGGCAGAUUUAAAGCAUGCUAAAAUCUUAUGCUGGUUGGUUGCCAUUUUGUUAGAUUGUUUCUAUGGUUUACUGCAUGCCACUUUCUUUUUCAUACAAAUUGUAUCACGGGACUCUUUUUUUCCAUCAACUGUAGCAUGGAACUAUGUUUCCCUUGAUUAAUAUUCAUGGGAAUCUUUUACUUGAAAUGAGGCUCUUACCUAAGAUAUUCACACAAGAAUGUGUUUUUCCAAUCUCUGAGGUGCUUCAAUUAAUUAUU